AUGCAGACAUUGAUCAAUAAGUUCUUCGUCAAACAUCUUGACCUUAAUGCCUCGGACGCCCACAUGCUGCACCAGAAGUACUACAAGGAGUAUGGUCUCGCCAUUGAGGGCCUCACUCGGCACCACAAGAUUGAUCCUCUCGCUUUUAACUAUGAAGUUGAUGAUGCGCUUCCUCUUGACACCAUUCUCAAGCCUGAUCCCAAGCUGCGCGAGCUGAUCAAGGACCUGGACACCACUAAGGUGAAGCCAUGGUUGCUCACGAAUGCCUACGUGAACCAUGGAAAACGGGUGGUGAAGUUGCUCGGCAUUGAGGACCUUUUCGAGGGGAUCACAUACUGUGACUAUGGACAAUUGCCGCUGGUCUGCAAGCCAAGCCAGGAGAUGUACGCCAAAGCGGAGAAGGAAGCUGCCGCUCCCAGUACAGAAUCGUGCUACUUUGUUGAUGACUCUCACCUGAACUGUGUACAUGCGCAUGCUCGAGGAUGGAAAACAGCCCACCUUGUCGAACCCGGGGUUCCUAUUCCCCCCAAGCCAGCAUCGCCAUAUGUGAUCUCAAGCCUUGAGGAACUCCGCAUCCAUUUCCCACAGGCCUUCAAGCAAGGAAAGAGUGAUGAUGCAUAG